CCGCGCUGGCUCCAGUCAAUAGCAGCUGCCGCUGCUGCUGUGCGUGGCUGUGGGUGCGGGCCGGACGCUCGCUUCCCGCGGGGCUGAGCCUUGGAGGAUCCCCGCAGCCCUAGAGCCACCAUGCUGCCGCCGGCGCUGACCCUGCUGCUGCUUCUCGGCUGCCUGGCGGCGGGCAGCGGGACCCUCUCGCAGGACGGCACACCAGCUGGAGAGACAAUCCCUGCUGGCCUGGCAAGCAAAGCAACAGAGGAGCUUGCAGAAAUUUAUCAGGGAGCAAGCACAAGUGCAGCAGCAGUUGCUUCAGACACUGAGAGCCAGCCCACAACAUCUGAUGAGACGGUGGUGGCAGGUGGCACCGUGGUGCUGAAGUGCCAGGUGGAGGAUCCCGACGACUCCUCACUGCAGUGGUCCAACCCAGCCCAGCAGACGCUGUACUUUGGGGAGAAACGAGCGCUCCGGGAUAACAGGAUCCAGCUGGUGAAGUCCACACCCAACGAGCUGGCCAUCAGCAUCAGCAACGUGGUGCUGGCAGAUGAGGGCGAGUACACCUGCUCCAUCUUCACCAUGCCUGUGCGGACGACCAAGGCCCUCGUCACCGUCCUGGGAAUCCCCCAGAACCCUCAAAUCUUUGGCUACGAGCUGCCCAUCCGAGAGACAGAGACGGCCCAGCUGAUUUGUAGAUCCUCUGGCAGCAAGCCAGCUGCCCAGCUCCGCUGGAAGAAAGGCAACAAGGAGCUGCAGGGUAGGCCUUCCGAGGUGACGGAAGAUUCCAACGGGAAAACCUUCACCGUCACCAGCCGCAUUGAGUUCACCGUCACCAAAGAAGACAACGACGUGGAGGUGACCUGCACAGUGGAUCAUGAGUCCCUGCAGAACUCAGAGAGAUCCACCAGCCAGAAACUGCAGGUCCACUUUAAGCCAACGGCAACGAUCGAGCCGGAUCCCCCCUACCCCCGGGAGGGCGAGGAGCUGCGGCUGCAGUGUGAAGCCCAGGGCAAUCCGAUCCCCCAGGAGUUCCUGUGGACGAAGGAGGGCAGCGAUGUCCCCCUGCAUCUAAACACCAACCGAGUCCUCACCCUCCCCUUCCUCAACAAGAGCGACAGCGGCACCUACAUCUGCAUGGCCACCAGCACCAUGGGCAGCGUCGUAGUGAGGUACAACCUGGACAUCAAUGAUUUUUCCCAGCUCCCCACCCCACAUGUUCACUCCACUCCAGCCCCUUCGUCAGGCCCUUCUCAGUCCACCACUCAUGUUACCAUGGCUACUGCUUCAUUCUUCUCUCCAGUCACUGUCCAAGAUGCCAGCCCGAUGUCUUCCUCCUCUGGCACAUACCAUGCUUUGGUCGGUGGAGUGGUCGCAGUCAUCGUCUUUCUGCUGCUUAUCCUCCUCAUCGUCCUGGCACACUACCUAAUCAGGCACAAAGGUACCUACCUGACUCACGAGGCCAAGGGAUCAGACGAUGCCCCGGAUGCUGACACUGCCAUCAUCAAUGCGGAGGGAGGCCAGGCCAGCGGCGAUGACAAAAAGGAAUAUUUCAUCUAGGGGUGCAGAGUGGAGAGAAGAGAAAUGGAGCCAACAAACCCAGAUGGAAAUGGAAACCGGACCACAAACCCCACUCAACCCAACAGAUUUUCUCUCGUGCCCUGGAUGGAUGGACGAACAGAGGGAUGGCGGGACAGAGACCAGAGAGUGACCGGCUUGACUCAUGAUGCUUCUUCUCAAACUUGUAUAAAACGUUAUUACUAAAAACAUUGAAAGCCCCACCCCCGUUCGCUUGCUUGUACCUUCAUACCCACGACCGACACUCGGACUAAACACACAGACGAGCCAGUGAGUGAGUGACACUUUCCUUCUUUCCUUUGGCCCCUUUGCUUUGGUUUUGUGGAUGCUCUUUGCUUUGGUUCCUUGGGUUGGAAUGUCGGGUGGGGUCAAUGUCGCUCUUUCUGUUGCUUCUCUCCAUUUUUGGUUCCUUUAAGUCCAAGGAUAAAAUCAGCCCUCAUGGUGGCUGCCUGCUGCCAUGGGCCUGGGCAGCCUGGGAUGCCCUUUCUGUUGCUUAUGUUUCCCAUCCAAGAACCGGGUUCACGAAUCCAUUGUGUUCCCCCAUCCUUGGCUCCUGCAUGGUGCUCUGAGCCAGACCCACGGGAAUGACCCUGGGCUGAGGAUGGGAGGCGGUGACGUGGGGUCUUUCUCUGUCCCACAGCAGCAAACAAGCCAUGAGAGCCCAGGGGAAUGUCCAGUGAGAGCAAGGAGAUGGGGGAGCCACCCAGCCCGGCUCCUCUCCAGAGGGAUGUGCCCUCCCCACAGCAAGAUGGGGAGGGAGGCAGGGUCACUGCCUCAGAGAGCCUGGCACACCCAGCCUGCUGGGGCCCUGCACUGAUUUUAUCCUUGGAGGUUGUGUCUGACAAUGUUCAUUUGGGAGGAGAACUGUCCUGUGUGAUACAUGUACAAAGGGGAGCCAGCUGCCCGGGUGGGAGCCGCUCAUAGGCUCCAGUCCCCACUGAUGCCCAUGGAGAGAGAUUCAAAUGCUGCAAGGUGACUGGCAGUGCUCGUGCAUGGUUCCAAGAAAGGCUGUAACGUGUCAGAUUGGAGCCAUGACAAUAACCCAGCUGUUGAGAUGCUCAGUGCAAGGAAACCAUCCUUGUAUAUCUUCCCUGUGCCAGGGAGUGAUGGGCAGAGCGAGGCCCUGGCGAGCCAGGUGACAGGGGUGAGAGUGUCCUGGGCCUCCAUGCUGCUGUCAUGCCAUUCCUGCUCUCUGACCGGUCGACCUGCCCCAGCGCCAAGGCCCGGGGAGCAUUUGGAGAUAGAAACCUUGCUAUGAUAACAGGUGACUUGGCCAAGGGGCAUCUUUCUUCUAGGCCACAAAUAGCUGAGCAGCCUCAUUCCCACAAACCAACCACCCAGAAUCUGAACCAUUACAGCUCAGAAGCUGAGCGGCUGCACCAGACAGGGCGCUGGCAACCCCAGCUAGGGCCAGGGGAGGGAAUGAGCUUCGUGGCAGACUGGCCAGGAUCCAGCUCAGCAGCCCGGGAACUGUGCUCAGGGGCUGAGCUGCACGUGCUCGGGGACAGAGCGAAGUUUGCUCAUCAGACCUCUCAGCUUUGGGAACAGUAAAUUCAGCCAGGGAGCUCCCUCCCCAGGCAAGAGCCUGCAAGCAGCGUCUCAAGCCGCAGGGCUGUUACCUGUUGCCCACUCUCCAGAGUCAUAGCCCUGCUCCCUCGGGAGCCCACAUGGCCCUCACCUGCUGUCUCCCCCUUCAAAGAGCACACACCAUUCCCCGCUGAAGAGCCCCAAGCUAGCCCUUGAGAUGGGCUCAGCCAGACAGCCUGGGAAGUGGGUGAGGGGCUCAGCUAGAGCAGGCGGACUAUGGGCUGGGAGGGCUCAGCUAUUACAGCCAUGCUGGGGGUUCCUCUGAUUCCCCUCUGGGGUGUUCACUGUUAUCAAUGCCCAGGAUUUUAUCAAGAGUCUCCUGAGAUCUGGUGUUUUUUCUCAAAGACCCAACUCCUGGAGUCAUGUGACUAUCUGAGCCUCUCAGCCUUCAUUUUUAAAAAGUACAUUUCUAGCCCUGCUGGUUGGAGAGGAAUGUGGCCUAAAGGCUGCAAUAUGAGUAGGCGAAUCCCCCGCCCCCACCGCCAAAUUUAGAAUUUUUGAAAAUCUCAGUUCUUCAGCCAGUCUCAGGAUGUUGCGGAGCCUGACUCACAGCUUUUGAGCAUACGAGGCUGGGUCUUGGCCUCUGCGAUGCAGGAGCAGCCUGGCACCUGCCAGCUGAGUGCAUGAGAUGGUGAUUAGGCCAUCAGAGAGCCACCCAGGACAUGAUGUCUGUCUGUUUGCAGCGGCUGCUGUAAUUCUCACUGGUGAGAGGCUGGGGGAAAGGACUCUGCAGGGACUGGUGGUGGCUGCUGCUCUUUCCAACAGAGGCACGACAGCGAGUGCUAGCAGAGGGGCCUGGCCAGGGGCGAGGCUGUGUGGGCAGCAGAGACUGGACACAAGUGCUGACUGAGGCCGUCUCACCCCUGGGGAGCAGGGAACUAAGACCAGGACCCAAACCUGCAGCACCCAACAUACAGGCUUCACCAAAUGAGCAAAAGGCUUCUCUUCCCUGUGACAGACACUAGCCAGGCCCAGCCCACUCACACAGAGCCAGUGCUCUGUGUGCCGCUCCCCUUGGCUUGAUUGAACGCUGAGUCCCAGAGCCAGGCCUCAGGCUGUGAUAGCUCCAUGCACUGCUGGGAACAGGCACAAUUACGGUGUAACUCACCCCACCCUACAGAGCUAGGCCUUGGCUCCUGGCCCCUCAGGUGCCAAACCUGGGCCUCUGCCGUGGGCCCCAGCAGCAUCUGUCCUCUCCAUAGGGUGCAGCCCCAUGAGGCCUCAUCAUGCAUGCGUCCACCCAGUCUGCAUGGCACAGGCCAAGCACUCCAGAGGCCUUGAAGACUCUCUAGGCCCUCUUGCGGUAGCCGGGUAGGGUCUUUGCUAAAUGCCUCCCUAGGCCCCUGGAAUGUGACUGAGUCUCCAUGUGCUUUGCUGGGGUUCCCUGUUCUCCCCUGGGGCCCUGACGGGCCUGGGCUCCACUGAGACCCUAACAGGCCUGGGCUCCCUGUGGUUAAGAUGGGCCUUGGGAAAGUAACAAAGGGCACUUGGCAGCAGGCAGCCAUGGCUCUGUGUAAGCAGUGUCCUUCCCAGGAGGUGUGUGUGAAAUGAGGCAUCCCCAGAUGUAAGGCAUGAUGCCCCUCGCCUGCCCAGGGGGGUUAUACAGGUCCCACUCCUCCAGUGCAUGGCUGUUAUCGGAUGUUUCAUGCCUUGUAAAUAUGGGACUAGCAUUUUCCAAGCCUCUGAGGCAUGAGACCAAGUAGAGACCUAGCUGUGGGUGUGGCAAGGAAAUGGGAGGCCCACAUGUCUAGUGGGAAAAUCUAAACUUCCCCUCAUGCUGGGUGUGUGAGAGGCAGGAGAUACAGCCUUCUAGAAAGUGGCUGUGAGACUGAUGAGACACACAAGUUCUUAAGUAUGUGGGAGCUCCAGGAUCCAUCACCAUUGCAGUGGGAGUUAGGGAAUUAACCAUGUCCCAAGGGAGUGCAAGUGACAGGAUUCAGCAUGUCUUGUGGGAGUGAUAGGAUAAACCGUGUCUUGGGUUUGUAGGAGUUAUGGGAUACACCAUGCCUAAAGUGUGUAGGACUGAUGGAAUACACCGUGUUGCGAGUGUGUAGGAGUGAUGGGCUACACCAUGUCUGGAGUGUGUAGGGCUGAUGGGAUACACCGUGUCUUGUGUGUGUAGGAAUGGUGGGAUACACUGUCUCGAGUAUCGGGGGGUAGCCAUCUUAGUCUGUAUCCAUAAAACCAACAAGGAGUCCGGUGGCACCUUAAAGGCUAACAGAUUUAUUUGGGCAUAAGCUUUCGUGGGUAAAAAAAUACUUCUUCAGAGGCAUGGAGUGAAAUGCCUGCAUCUGUAAUUUUCACUCCAUGCAUCUGAAGAAAUGGGGUUUUUUUUAUACAAUGUUUUGCAUAUGAGGGAGUGACCGGAUACACCUGUUCUGUGUAUUAGUGGCAGGAGUUCUGGGUUCAGCCAGAUUAAGGUUUUUAAAAAUCUAGUAUGCUGUUAUGACAUUAAACGGUCAUUUGUGGUUUGAGAUUUUGCAUCAAGUUGGGGCUUGUGAUUCCAUGUAACAAGCACCAUUAAUAAAACCACUGAACCUUGUAUAAAACACACAGCGAGGGGAAACACCGAAAGCAUUGGCCACAGAGAGUGAUUUAAAAAAGUUCCUUUAUUCCCUUUCCAUUUAUGUGCACAAAGAUGUAUAAAGGAAAGGUCCUUGUCUGAGAGCCCUUUCGAUCAGUGCAGGGUGUCGCCCUGCCCUUGGGGGCAGGAAGGUCAAGAACAGGGGAGCAACCAGACAGUUUUCUCUCAGUUGCUCUCCAUCUCAUUUUCAUUUUUGGAAAAGUCAGUAUUAUUCUUGAGAGGAAAAACCUUAAUAAUGUGAUCAAUGUGGUGAUGUCUGCCUGAGUCUGUAGAGAGCCUGAACUCGUAAUGCUGAGGUGUGAAUUGUCCCUUUCAUUUCAAUGGUUGUAACUCUGAUGCCAGUGGUCACUAUUUCACUGCUCAUCAAAGUGUGUGUGAAUGGAGGGAGCUGAUACUAUUAUGAAGAUCUUUAACAUUCAAUACUGAAUAGAAAUCAUUCCUUAAAAUUAAAAUGUAAGGACAUGAUUGACAAUACGAUUUCAUUUCAUUUCAUUACAAAUCUAAAAGCUGGGCAGGGUGGAGUGGGGGAGGGGGCACAAGUGAUUUCAUUUUCAUGGGGGUGGCAUGGGAGGGCUCAGUUUUCCAAAGUUUGUGAAAUGCUGCUUCAGAGUGUAAUCAAUGUCUUUCUGGAGGGAAAAGGGAAUAGGUUAGUUACGGACUAUAACUCGUGGGGUGCUGAUGUUAAAAUUGAAGUCUGAUUCUUUUUAAGAAAGAAAGAAAGAAAGAGAAAAUACAUCUUUUGUGUUUCUGUGAUUUUCACUGGCAGCGUAACUGCUGCAAAGUUAUCGGAGCAGCACACAGUCUCUCUGGUCUCGGCAAGAUCUUGUAAACUUCCAUCCAAAUCGGAAUGUUUAAGUUAUUGGGUCAGAUCCGCAGCUGGUGUAAAUGGACAUAGUUCCAUUUACUUUAAGGGUGCUAUGCUGAUUGACCUCAGCAAGGGGUCUGACCCCUUGCUUUAGCUUGCCUUACUGAUCGCUCCAAUGUCACGUUGAUAAAUGCUGGACUGGCCAUUAUGCCAGACUCUUAUUAGACAGAAGGUGAAAAAAGAAAGCUAGGACAGAGGGAGGAAUAAGGUGAGGAGGGAAAAUGAUGCA